AUGGGGUUUCCACCUCCUUUAAUGACACCUGAAAAGAACAAGAAGAAGAUGCUGGAGGUCACCCAGAAGAUCAUUGAGCUGCUGACAGGAGAGGUCUAUAAGCAGUGCUUUGUAUUCAGUCAGUGUGUGUUUCCUACAGAUGGAUCCAAUAAUGGGAACCCACCAGAGAGAUGUCCUCCUCCUCUGUAUUCCCGGGAUUCCACACAAGAAGGUCAGGAGAUUCCCCAGGAUUAUCAGGGUGAAGACCUGAUUGUUGUUAAAGUAGAACCUGAAGAAGAUGAUCCACAUGUGUCGGGUGAUGAGCCAUGUAAAGAGGAGGACAUUCCUCCAGAGAUCAGCCCAGAUGGACAACACAACUUGAACCACGAGGAGAAGCCUCCAGUUGUUUCUACAGAAGGUGAAACAGAAGAUGACAUGGACCUCACCUCCAACUCUUCUCAAGAAUGUUCCAAUACCACAGAUGUCCAUCCAUUACUUCCAUCGCUUGAUCCCUCUACUAAUGGUCGGUGUAUUCCCAACCACUCCACGACCAUCGCACUUUGUCCCCCCCCUGGAGCAGAUGGAGAUCUCCAAUGUUCAGAGUGCGGUCAAUGUUUUUCUCUGCCCGAUGAUCUUCUUUGUCACCAGACGACCCGAGCUUGUUGGGAACGCUUUGAGUCAAAAUCAGGUCUCAUUGGCCACCAAAAGGCUUUUGGGAGGUGGAAACUGUAUUCGUGUUCUCAGUGCGGGAAAACGUUUUCGUACAAACACAACCUAGUCAGCCAUCAGUCUAUCCACACAGGAGACAAGCCGUACUCGUGCUCCGCGUGCGGGAGGCGUUUUCUGAAGAAGUCAAACCUCGACGCUCAUCAAAGAACUCACUCGGGAGAGAAGCCAUUUCCGUGUACCCAGUGCGGGAAAAGUUUUGCGCAAAAGUCCACCCUUGUGAGGCACAAAAGGACACACACGGGUUUCCACCCGUACUCCUGCUCCGAGUGCGGGAAGACAUUUGCACAGAAGUCAGGUCUGGUUCGCCACCAGGCCACACACACGGGCGCCUACCCAUAUACCUGUUCGGAGUGUGGGAAAGGUUUUACGGCCAAGUCGGUUCUCCUCACCCAUCAGAGGGUCCACACGGGGGAAAAGCCUUUUCUGUGUUCUCGCUGCGGCAAACGCUUUAGGUAUAAAGAAAGUGCUGAUCGGCAUCGGCUGUUGCGUUGUGAGGUUGAUCACCCCUCAGGGAGAUAGACAUUGGGGCAGCAGGUGAAAACAAGGGGAUUAUGGGUAAAGGAAAAUGGCAUCUGGACCUUUGGAAAAAGCCAACUUACACAGUUGGAUAACGGGGAAAGUCUCAGUUCUUUUUAUUGCUGUGAAGUAAUUGUGGUCUGGAAAAUGUACUAAGCUAAUACCUGUGUUGGAUAGUUGGCAUCGUAAGGUUCAGGGGUCAAUGACUUAGUAGUACGGUUAUCAAAGGGUACCAAUGUAGGUAGGCCCCUGCAACUCUCAAGACAUACCCAAAAGCCCCCUCUACUCGAUCUCAUUGAUUAUAGUGUAUCUAAAACCAAACAUUUGGGGGAGAAGGAUAAGAACCCCUGUUGUUUUAAUGGGGGUACAUGGCCAAACAUGCACAUAGCAGGUCGCAUAGUGAUUGGCACCCACUGCAGAUCUUGAAUCACUCCUUCACGGCAGUACUGUACCUUUUCUACGUGCUGUUUUAGGUAAUUCUCCACCUACCUGCUGGGACGUUACAUCUCGUUGGGAUGACUAAGAGCAACAAUCGAGAGGACUCCAUGGCAGUUGCGCAUACGGCCCAAGAUGGCACUGAACGGCACCCACUGCAGAUCUUGAAUCACUCCUUCACGGCAGGACUGUACCUUUCCUAUGUGCUCCUACAGGUACUUCUCCCCCUACCUGCCGGCGAUGCUACAUCUUGUUGGGAUGACUAAAAAAAAACAAUAGAGAGGACUCCAUGGCCGAUGAGCGUACGAUCCAAGAUGGCGCUGAAUGGCACCCACUGCGGAUCUUGAAUCACUCCUUCACAGCAGGACUGUACCUUUCCUAUGUGCUCCUACAGGUACUUCUCCCCCUACCUGCCGGCGAUGCUACAUCUUAUCUUGUUGGGAUGACUAAAAAAAACAAUAGAGAGGACUCCAUGGCCAAUGAGCGUACCAUCCAAGAUGGCGCUGAACGGCACCCACUGCGAAUCUUGAAUCACUCCUUCACAGCAGGACUGUACCUUUCCUAUGUGCUCCUACAGGUACUUCUCCCCCUACCUGCCGGCGAUGCUACAUCUUGUUGGGAUGACUAAAAAAAACAAUAGAGAGGACCCCAUGGCCGAUGAGCGUACGAUCCAAGAUGGCGCUGAACGACACCCACUGUGGAUCUUGAAUCACUCCUUCACAGCAGGACUGUACCUUUCCUAUGUGCUCCUACAGGUACUUCUCCCCCUACCUGCCGGCGAUGCUACAUCUUGUUGGGAUGACUAAAAAAAACAAUAGAGAGGACUCCAUGGCCAAUGAGCGUACGAUCCAAGAUGGCGCUGAACGGCACCCACUGUGGAUCUUGAAUCACUCCUUCACAGCAGGACUGUACCUUUCCUAUGUGCUCCUAUAGGUACUUCUCCCCCUACCUGCCGGCGACGCUACAUCUUGUUGGGAUGACUAAAAAAAAAACAAUAGAGAGGACUCCAUGGCCAAUGAGCGUACGAUCCAAGAUGGCGCUGAAUGGCACCCACUGUGGAUCUUGAAUCACUCCUUCACAGCAGGACUGUACCUUUCCUAUGUGCUCCUACAGGUACUUCUCCCCCUACCUGCCGGCGAUGCUACAUCUUGUUGGGAUGACUAAAAAAAA